GAGAGAGAGAGAGAGAGAGAGAGAGAGAGAGAGAGAGAGAGAGAGAGAGAGAGAAUCCAUGUCUAGGCAUGGAUCUCCGGCUGCAGCAAUGCGUGAGGAAUGACAACAUUUCACAUGGUCAUUAACUCCAGUGGCUGAGACUGAAGGGAGAGCUGAACUGUAGCACAGUGUCACAGAAGCACUGGGUGCUUCCUGUGGUCGGGACAGCAGCAGACAGACAGAGGCACAGUACGGCUACGGGACUCAGUUGAACGAGAUAACUGAAAGAAAGUGCCUUUGUGAUAGAGAGAGAGAGAGAGAGAGAGAGAGAGAGAGAGAGAGAGAGAGAGAGAGAAUCCAUGUCUAGGCAUGGAUCUCCGGCUGCAGCAAUGCGUGAGGAAUGACAACAUUUCACAUGGUCAUUAACUCCAGUGGCUGAGACUGAAGGGAGAGCUGAACUGUAGCACAGUGUCACAGAAGCACUGGGUGCUUCCUGUGGUCGGGACAGCAGCAGACAGACAGAGGCACAGUACGGCUACGGGACUCAGUUGAACGAGAUAACUGAAAGAAAGUGCCUUUGUGAUACAACCUACCUACUUGAAGAUCCCUGGGUGUUCCUGUAGAGAUUCAGACUUAUCCCUCUGCACUGGGGACAGGUCAUGUACAAGACCCAAACAUCGCCAACCCUCUUCUUUUAAUGUGCUCUGUGUGAAGAAACUCACAGAGGUGGAACUGCUGUACUGCUGCCCAAAGUGCCAAAGCUCAGAAAGAGGAGGUACUGAGGACAUGAGACAAUAAACAGCCAUUGAUUUUAUGUUGUCCUGAACUGUGCCAUCACACGUCAAAAUAGCAUCACUUUUUGUUCCCCAUCAUCCAAACCUGGGCUGACAGCGUCAUUCACAGAAAGGACAUUUUGGGGACAUUGGUAUCUUAUCUGAGGUCUCCAGCUGGAAGUAACUGACUGAUGACCACAUAACUAUAGCUGACCAGUCCCAUGUUCCGUUCACAGACACUUUACCAGUCCAUUACUGCUGGCCUCCCGUAUCCAAGGACAAACCACAUCCACUGACCAGAAGAAAAAAAACAAAAAACAUUUUUUGCUACAUGCCCUACCAGUCGUAGGUGUGGUGUGUUUUUAUACAUUUUAUUUAUUCACAUUUUUUUGUUGGAACAAAUAGAGGCUUGCCUCCUCCUUAAACCAGUGGCUCCCCUCUUCGCCAGCUCCACAGCCACUGCUGCUGACAUGGCUCUAAAUAUUGCCUCAAUACGGGACACAAAGUGGCUAACCCUGGAGGUGUGCCGGCAGUUUCAGAGAGGGACUUGCUCACGCAGCGAUGAGGAAUGCAAAUUUGCCCACCCGCCCAAAAGCUGCCAGGUGGAGAAUGGGAGAGUGAUCGCUUGUUUUGACUCUUUAAAGGGCCGAUGCACACGAGAGAACUGCAAAUACCUCCACCCGCCCGCUCACCUGAAAACGCAGCUGGAAAUAAACGGACGGAACAACCUGAUCCAGCAGAAGACAGCAGCCGCCAUGUUGGCUCAGCAGAUGCAGUUCAUGAUCCCGGGCGCGGCCAUGCAGCCUGUGCAGACGUUUCCCGUCAGCCAGGGCCUGGGCUCCAGUGCAGGUUUGAGCUACACUCCCUACCUGACUCCGAUGGCCCACAGCAUGGGCCUGGUGCCCACAGACAUCCUGCCCAGCACGCCUGUUAUUGUCCCUGGCAGCCCACCCGUCUCCGUUACCGCUGGCUCGUCCUCCAACCAGAAAUUGCUGCGUACUGACAAGCUUGAGGUUUGCCGCGAGUUCCAGCGGGGUAACUGUGCACGUGGCGAGACAGACUGCCGCUUCGCUCACCCGAGUGACAACCCCAUGAUCGACACCAGCGACAACACGGUCACCGUCUGCAUGGAUUACAUCAAGAGUCGCUGCUCCCGCGAGAAGUGCAAGUACUUCCACCCACCGGCCCACCUGCAGGCCAAGAUCAAGGCCGCCCAACAUCAGGCCAAUCAGACGGCUGUGGCUGCGCAAGCUGCAGCUACGGCUGCAGCCAUGACUCAGUCGACUGCCAAAGCAAUGAAGCGACCCCUCGAGGCAACUUUAGACCUGGUAUUUCCCCACGGUGUCCUCCAGCCUCUACCAAAGAGACCAGCACUUGAGAAGAGCAAUGGAGCAAGCUCCCUGUUCAACCCCAGUGUGUUGCACUACCAGCAGGCAUUGGCUAACGCACAGCUCCAGCAGCCUGCCUUCUUUCCCACAGGGUCAGUCUUGUGCAUGACUCCUGCUAGCAGUCUUGCAACAACUCCUGCCACAAGUGUCCCCUACGCAGCAACAGCACCAGCCAAUCAGAUCAUCCUGAAGUAAGCGUCAGGAAGGCAAUGGAGUGUCACGAAGCUGCACUAGGAAACCCCAAACAGCCCCUCUGUAAAUACUACCUUUCCUCUCCCAUAGAGGUCCAGCAACAUGCAUGCUAAGAGUGUAACAUCACAAUUUAACCGUAAGAACUGCAGUGCCAGUGUAACACACACACAAAAAAACAAACAUAUGUAUUGCUAUAAAAACUAUUAACAUUGAAAAGUCAAAAAUAUACUUAUCUACAUGCAUAACCGAGACACUAUAGAGGUCAUUUUAAUAAUCAUCAUCCCAAAGUACUGGUGAUUCCAUCUCUCUCUGCUUUUUCAUCCCUGGGAAAGAGAAAAGAUAUUUGAUUUGCACUAUAUGAGGAAUAUAGUGCUUAGAUAGACAGAAAACAGGAAGAAAAACGCUGUGCAGAACCCUACCAACGCACUCGGCGCUCUCAGGGGACAGGGAAAUAGAGUAGGGCGCCCCAGCCCCCACGCCGUCUUUGCUUUUCUUUUUACAAAGUUGAAUGUCCCAAGGACAGACAAGAUGGGACCGUUUGGAUCACAACCCUCAGCUGCUGCCCCAGACGCUGCCAAGACGCCAUGACACAAGUCCAACCUUUGAAACCCCCACCAGGAAUCCUCUCACCAAAGCUGAAGAAGUCAACAGAAUCAAACCUGCUAGAAAGCAGAGCAGCAUUUUAUCCUGCUAAGUUUUUGUUGUUGUUGCUUUCUUUUCCAUAGCUCAAGUGGCUCACAACACAAAUAUGUCCCGCCCCCCUGCAUCACUCAGACUUUGUUUGGGUUCAGAGGAGCAGUGGGAUAGAUUGUGCAGGAUUUUUGCAUGUCUUCAGGACAGGCGAGAACAGAUUGUGGCCAUUUAUCGAAAAGCCUAAAGGCCUGGGUCUUUACCAAGGGCUUAAUGAAGCCUGAAGGCCUUGUGUGUGUGUGUGCAUGUGUAUGUUCAAGUAUGCACCUGGAGACUGAAGGUCUGCCGGCAGACUGGGACUUGAAGUGAGGUCUAGCAGCUGUUGACAACAUCCAGCAUGUUGGAAUGGGGAUUCAAGUGCUACGACUAAAUAAAAACAAAAAACGCAAAGGUGCAUUUGACAAUGCUCAAAAGAUGACUUGAACUUUGAAUUGGAGGGCUAUCUGUGACCGUCGGUUGUCCUGUCCAACCCUACUAUCACCGAUAAUCCUGUUCCAUUGUAGAAAUCUGUAGAAGUGCCUAAAGU